AUGGAGUCUCCGUGCUCAGACCUCCAUACGCAGGGCCGGCCUGUAGAUGCAGUGAAGUCAGUGUCAGUGCUGGAGGGAGAUUCAGUCACUGGUCUUACUGAAAUGAUGGAUUAUGAUCUGAUUCUGUGGAGCUUUGGAACUGAAAACACUUUAAUAGCUCAAAUCAAUGUAAUUAAUGAGGGCAUCACUGUGUAUGAUGAUGUUCUUGAUGGGAGAUUCAGAGACAGACUGAAGCUGGAUCAUCAAACUAGAUCUCUGACCAUCACAAACACCACAAUUCAACAUGCUGGACUCUAUAAACUACAGACCAACUGUGUGAGCAAGAAUUUCUCUCACUCUCAUCUGCCUCUUCCUGAUAUAUUUAUCAGAGACUCUUUUUCAUCAUCUUCAUCAUAUUGUUCAUUGGUGUGUUCAGUGGUGAAUGUGAGUGAUGUGACUCUCUCCUGGUACAAAGGAAACAGUUUAUUGUCCAGCAUCAGUGUGUCUGAUCUCAGUAUCAGUCUCUCUCUACCUCUGGAGGUGGAAUAUCAGGAUAAAAACACCUACAGCUGUGUGAUCAACAAUCCCAUCAGCAACCAGACCACACAUCUGGACAUCAGCAAACUCUGUCACAUAUGUUCAGAAGUCCACAUCCAUUGUUUCGCUACUGUUGAAACCGAUUGGCUCCGAUUGGUCGUCACUGUACUGAUGGGCGUGGCUGCUGUUGUUCUUCUGGUCAGUGACAUCAGAUCUGCUAGAGUGGGUGAAGAGUUUAAGGUGGCAAAGUGCAGGGCUGUGAUGAUGUGCAAAGACUCCUGCAAUGAAAAGGUCAGAGAUGCAGGCAUCAUCACAAGAUCAGGACACAAGUGGGCAGCUGACACAUCAGUGGCACAGGCCAAGAGUAUGCUGAAGUUGAAAGACAUCAUUGGAAACCGUGCAUGGGAAGACAAGGACUCCGAUCAGUGUAUGACACUCUUGCACAGUGUUCCCCACUUGCACAGGUGGGGAAUGAGGGAGGACUCGCUGUGCAGUUUAUAUGGGGGUAGAGGCACAUUGGCGCACAUGCUGGCAGGGUUCAAGACUGCAUUUAGCCAGGGGAGAUAUAGAUGGCACCACAAGGUCCUCAGUGCACUGGCUAACAUCUUGGAGCAGGAGAGACGGAAAAAGCACCAGAACCACACUGUAAAAAGUGAUAGACUAUUAAACUGUGUCAACAGAUUAUAA